AUGGUUAGAAGCUUCUCGGCAGUGUUGAUACCUGAACUUGGUGAUGAAGCGGGUAGCAUGCCAAGAUACGUUCUUUUGAUAUCAGAAAAUCUAGCAGAUGAAACAAGCUUAUUUCUAAAAUUCGAAUUUAAUGAUUCGUCUCUUCAAGGUUGUGGUCAAACAUAG